AUGUUGUCGAGGGUAAGGCAAGAACCGGGUAAAGUUCGCUUGGGAUUUAUUCCUGAGGAAUGGUUUACAUUCUUUUACAAAAAAACUGGUGUAACCGGUCCAUACACAUUUGCUGUUGGUUUAUCGACCUACUUGGUCAGCAAGGAGUUUUACGUCCUUGAGCACGAAUUCUAUAACGGAUUAUCUUUGGCGAUCUUAUGUAUUUUCGGUGUGAAAAAGUUGGGUCCCAAAAUAGCGGCCUAUCUAGAUAAAGAAGUUGAUGCGUACGAAGCAGAACUGAGCUCCGGUCGUAGAAGUGAACAAGAAGGUCUUACAGCUUCAAUUGAGAACGAACAACGCAAUCAAUGGAGUGCAGAAGGGCAAUUAAUGUUGGUCAAUGCUAAACGUGAGAACGUUCAGUUACAACUCGAAGCCGAAUAUCGCCAACGUCUCAUGACUGCGUACGACCAAGUAAAAAGGUAUCUUGAUUACCAGCUUGAACGUGAAGGAGUUGAACGUCGUGUGGCUCAGAAGAAUCUUGUCAACUGGGUGAUAAAGCAAGUAAUGGGGUCGAUAACAAGCGAACAGGAGAAGCAAAAUAUAGAUAAAUGUAUAGCCGAUUUAGGUGUCUUAGCGAAAGCUUAAGUAAUUUCGAUUUUAAGAGCUUUAAAUUUAUUGAAAUCUGUUUAUUUUACAUCUAUGUACCACCUUUAUCAUUUACAAUCCGUAUACAGUUCUAAUAAAGAAGAUAAGUACUAGUAUUGUGAA